CAUUUUUCCUUUUUAUGGCACUAAUUGUUUUGUAGUUACCGCGUAUUUAUGUUCAAUUUGUUUUUUAAAUCGAAUUUCACCAAUAAUUCUUCCAAUAUUAGUAUUAUGAUCUUUAUAUAAUUGAAUUUCGCGCAAAAAUAUAUGAGAAUGGAAGGAACUCCUAGAUUGAAAAAGAGAGGAUCGCUUACUUUGGGACGACAUUACAAAAGAGAUGCGUCUCCAAAUAUUUUACAAGGAAAAAUGCGUUCAUCUUCAAUUAAUAGCAUCGAUAAUAACAAUGAUGACAUUGACAAACUUUUAAGAACACCUAAAACGCCUUCAAUUACUUCAUUAAGUUCUGAUGGAGGCAUCGAAUGUACACCGCCACACAAGAAAUUCAAUUUGGAUGACAGUGUGGAAUAUUCUCCCAAAUGCUUCGAUAAUAGUUUUUCACCCGGCGGUUUGCUAUCACAGACACUUUCUUCAAAUAGUCCUGAAGUCGGUUGGAAAUGGGGCCGUCGUUCCACCGAUGAUCCAGCAGAAACUGCCACACCAGAUUCUGCUUAUGCAGCAGAUAGCAGUUUUACUUCAGCGGGGUCUAGUAGCAAAGAUGUAAUUAGCAGAUUAGGACGAUUUCGUAGCGAUUCUAAUGCUCAGCGGUUUGCUUAUGAAAUGCGAAAGGAAGAACAGCGGCGUAAACUGGAAAUACAAAUGCGACGAGCAGAAAAGCUACGAGCAGAUGAAUUAUUAAAACAGCGUUGCGCAAAGCUACAGGAGCAAUUACGAGAAGCAGAGAAACGACGCAAGCAGGAAAGGGAAAAAAAGUUAGAAAUACAAGAACAACUUCGAAGAGAAGAAGAAAACAAGAAAUUUUUGGAAGCAACCGCAGAAUCGGAGUCCAUCGCAGAAUUAGCUGAAAUAAAUGAUAUAUUCGCAAAUGCAAACGAUACUUUAGAUGACUUCUUCAAUGACUCAGAUUCUGAUGAUUUGCUACUUGAAGCCACGCAACAGGUCGAAUCAAAAAUAAUAGAACAAACACAGAAGCCAGAAAUUAAAACAACGAUAACUUCCACAACAACAACUUCAGUGGCAAAUGAUUCAAUACAAACAAAUACUAAGGCACUAAACGGAGAGAACACGUCAACAAUUCCAAAUUGUGAAGAAAAGCGUUCGUCUCUUUAUAUGAAGUUUUUGGAGGAUGACACGCAAGAUGAUUGGCUCUUUUCACUCGAUGAUGAAAUUUUGCAAGCAACACAACAAACAAAGCCACGUACCUCGCUGCAACGACACAAUUCCAUGCCGACUAAUACAACUAAUCCUUCGAUGACUUCAACUAUUGGCGGUGCCGGAGCGUCUAAAAGAAUCUCAACAAUUACCUCUUAUGCGUUACAAACUUCUUCGAGUACGGCAUGUAGUAAAGCAGUUUCUUCGCCGAAAAUCAAACGUCAUUCAAGUUCAACAGCCCUCCGGCCCUCUACAAGUGCUGCCUCCGGUUAUCGUGGUCGCCAGCCCUAUAACAAGAAGUAAAAUGGCCACAAAUAUAACCGGAGCGGUGUCGAUUGUCAUGUUUUUAUGUAUCGGGUAAAAAUCAACAAUCUAGCAAUUAAUGAAGGAAAUAUAAAAUAUUAUUAUUUUUUUAGUUCGGAUUACAUAUGCAUAGUAUAUGUUUAUGAAAAAUCCGAAAUCUAAUUAUUUAUCAUUCAUUUACUAUGCCUUCAUUUCACCUUCAAGUGAAAAUAAUCAUCUAGCUCUAGUAUUAUAUAACACAAGCAAAUGUACAUAUGCCUUGGUGAUUUUGUGUAAAUGUGAUACAAAACAAUGAUGCUUAUUGGUUCAUCAGUAUGUAUACGGAAUAAAUAUAAUUCAUGAUUGCAUAAGCAAAUAAUUAAGUUAUGAUAAACAUCUACAUAGAUGGAAGUUAUGUUCUGUGUGAACUAGUGAUUGUAGGGUGCUGUUGAAAAAUUUUUGAUAGCGUUAACUAAUUGAAAGAGAUUGUGAGAAAAAUAAAAAACUACCUGUUAAGCCAUAGUAAUAAUCAACUAAGUAUUAUAGUAUUUUAUUUUGUUUUGUUUUAUGUAUAAUAAUAACAAAUACUCUAUUAAUUAGAGUUUUCAACUGAAAUCCGUUGCUCACAUGCAAAAAAUUAGUUGCUUAGUUGUUUAGUUUAUAAUUAAUAUGUUAGAAAUCCUUGAUAAUGCCGACUUUUGACAUUUCCGAACUGAUUGUCAAGUUAAGUCACAAGCAUGUAGCUCAUAAAGUUAACUAUAGAAGCUUAUACUUUCGGCUUGUUCCUCAUAAUCUUCCUUAUAUUUAAGAGCUUCCUCAUAACAGUAAAUUCAUUCAUCGCUAAUAUUUCAUUUAUGCUGAAAAUCAUUUAUUUUUAUAAACUAGUUGUAUUUAAGCAUGUGAACAAACUUUUUUUUAUUAAAAUUUAUAUUUUUAUAAGUAAUUAUAAAACUAUCUAACAAAAUAUCAAUUAAUGAAUGCAAAGUUUCAGGCUUUAAAUCACAAUAUUUUUAUUUCUCAAAAUAAUUAAAAUAUUUUUUGUUUUUAUGAAAAUAAAUAU